AUGGCGACAAAGGCAGCCUUCAAGAGGCUCACUCGCGAGUACCAGAACAUCGAAAAGAACCCCCCGCCCUUCAUUGUGGCGCAUCCCUCAGAGUCGAACAUCCUCGAAUGGCAUUACAUCCUUACUGGUCCGCCCGGCACUCCGUACGAAAAUGGCCAGUAUUGGGGGACACUGAUGUUUCCCCCCGAAUAUCCCUUUGCCCCACCCGCGAUUCGUAUGCACACCCCAAGUGGCCGAUUCCAACCGUCGUCUCGGUUAUGUCUAAGCAUCAGCGACUUCCAUCCCAAGUCCUUCAAUCCGGCUUGGGAGGUUUCGACAAUUCUCAUCGGGUUACUCUCCUUUAUGACGAGCGAGGAAAUGACGACGGGUAGUGUCAGUGCAUCAGAAGCGGAACGAAGAGUAUUGGCAGCGAGAUCGAGAUGGUGGAAUUCUACUGGCGGAGGCUCUCAUGUCAAUGCUACGCCGGGCGUAACCCCUAGCGCCAAAGGAUUCAACAACGUCAAGGCCGGGGAUGGAGGCCUGAAAUUCCGCUCGGAAUGGCCAGAGCUGGACCAAGAAAACUGGAAGUGGAUGAAAGACAAUCGCAUUGAUACCAAUUCCGGUCAGCUGAUUCCCGAACCCGAUGCUGCCGCCACGAAAUGCUCGCCAGAAACCAGUGCUCUUCGCAGACGCCCCAACGGCAGUGCGCCCCGGCUCGGGGUCGUCAUGGAGGGUGGACAUGUGGCCCGAGAGGCAGGCCAGAGCUGGGCUCGGCGGAACAAAGUCUGGAUCGGUCUCGGGGUCUUAUUUGGGUAUGCUCUUCUCUCGCGACUCGUGAAUGAUGUUCAGGGUUGA